AUGGUUGCUCCUAAAGCGGAGGCUCUUGUCUCCAACGAAGACGACGCCUUUGCAGCCCAAUUCGACGAGAAGUCCCCCCUGCUCGGCGAUUCACGGGACGGGUCAUUUCCAGAGCCCAAUUGGUCGAGGACAUGGCUCAUACCAAAGCGCGUCUCACAUGCUGUCGUGGGGACGCUCAAGGUUCUGAUCACGGCUAUAGUGGCACCUGGAACAUAUGUCAUUGCGUGUUUCUAUGAUGACGAAGGCCAUUUCUCUAUCCUCUCUCCAGUAUACAAAAUAGCGCGUCCAUUCUCUCGCAAGCGGCGGGGUCCUGUAACAGACACAUUGAAGAGCCAGGAGAGUUCAGAGACUAAGGAGAAGGACGAGCGCGAAGCCCGGAGGGUCAGCACAGGGAAGCCGCGUCUCAAGAGACCUACCAGGCGGUCUCCAUCCAUCGCGUCAACAUCGACAGCAAUAACGUCAGACUCCGAGAUCGAGAGUGAAAGACCUCCCACUCGGGACGAGGACAAUGAUACACCCUCGCGCCACACACGGUCGAAGUCGAUAGCAUCAACCUCGGCCGAAGAAAUUGCACCGGCCAAGCGAUCAAUUCGCAUCAAGCUUCACAACGAAGACGCAUUGAGACACCGCAAGGCAAAGAAGGGACAGGCUCAAAGAGGGGCAUCCGGCUCGACAGAGCAGGUUUCGGCAGAAGCAGCAGCUGCCUUGAAGUCACCCACCAGUCCCGCUUCGUCCGCGAAGCUCACCAAGUUUCCUCGAGCCCCACAGCCACCACGGCCUUUGGUGCCGAGAAGGCAGCCCUCAUACACCACGUCCGGGGUGUCAGCAGUCGGUCCACACCAGAAAACGCUCAUAAUUGAUCUAGAUGAGACGUUAAUACACAGCAUGGCCAAAGGCGGUAGAUAUACCACUGGCCACAUGGUGGAAGUCAAGCUUCAGCAGCCUGUCGGCGCAGGAGGCACGAUGAUCGGCCCCCAGGUCCCAAUUCUGUAUUACGUGCACAAGCGACCACAUUGCGACGAGUUUUUGCGCAAGGUUUGUAAAUGGUACAAUUUGAUUGUUUUCACUGCAUCCGUCCAGGAGUACGCCGAUCCGGUCAUCGAUUGGCUUGAGGUGGAGCGGAAAUACUUCGCGGGACGAUACUACCGCCAGCAUUGCACGUUCCGGAACGGGGCCUACAUCAAGGACCUCGCGCAAGUUGAGCCGGACCUAAGCAAAGUCAUGAUUGUGGACAACAGUCCCAUGAGCUACAUUUUUAACGAAGACAAUGCCAUACCAAUUGAAGGUUGGAUAAGCGACCCAACGGACAAUGAUCUGCUCCAUCUCAUCCCACUGCUGGAGGGCCUGCAGUACGUGACGGACGUACGAGCAUUGUUGGCGCUGCGCUUGGGCGAGCCGCAGACGGCGUAA